GAUCCGGACGUGAAGCUGAUCUGCAUCUUCUCCUCUGCUUCAUAAGUCGACUCAACUAAAACAUUGGACUUUCCAUCAGAGCCAUUGUCGUCCUGGGCACACUCUUCCUCACUGUCAGGGCCACACGGGGCGGCUGUGCAGAGGCUCUGUUCUUGGAACCUGAAUGCAUCAGAAACAAGAAGCUGAGGACAGUAAUGAGACUCCAUCCUCAGAGGAAGACCAGGACCUGUUGGACUUUAACCCCGACCUGACCAUCAAAGAGAGCCUCUCUUCCUCCAGGAAGACGAUCAGUCAAAUCAUCAAGGAUAAGAAGAAGCAGACUCAGCUCACUCUGCAGUGGCUGGAGGAGAAUUACAUAGUGUGUGAAGGAGUGUGUCUGCCUCGGUGUAUCCUCUACGCUCACUAUCUGGACUUCUGCAGGAAGGAGAAACUAGAGCCCGCCUGUGCUGCUACGUUUGGAAAGACUAUACGACAGAAGUUUCCUCUCCUCACAACAAGAAGACUCGGCACCAGAGGACAUUCUAAAUAUCAUUAUUAUGGAAUUGGCAUCAAAGAGAGCAGCGCUUACUAUCACUCUGUGUACUCUGGAAAAGGUCUGACCAGGUUUUCAGGGAGCAAGUUAAAAAACGAGGGAGGCUUCACCAGGAAAUACUCCCUGAGUUCUAAAACCGGGACUCUGCUGCCAGACUUCCCCAACGCUCAGCAUCUCCUACUGGAGGGAAACACCUCCAGAGAAAAGGUGGACACACUGAUCAUGAUGUAUAAAACACACUGUCAGUGCAUCCUGGACAACGCCAUCAGUGUCAACUUUGAGGAGAUCCAGAAUUUUCUCCUCCAUUUUUGGCAGGGGAUGCCCGACCACCUGCUGCCUCUGCUGGAGAACCCUGUGAUAGUCGACAUCUUCUGCGUCUGUGACUCCAUUCUCUACAAGGUUUUAACAGAUGUUCUGAUCCCGGCUACCAUGCAGGAGAUGCCUGAAAGUCUGUUGGCAGAUAUUCGCAACUUUGCCAAACACUGGGAGCACUGGCUGGCCUCCUCCCUGGAAAACCUCCCAGAAUGCCUUGCAGCCAAGAAACUCCCCAUUGCACGGCACUUUGUGUCCUCCCUGAAGAGACAGACGUCCUUCUUACACCUGGCACAGAUAGCCCGCCCAGCGCUGUUCGACCAGGCCGUGGUGACCAGCAUGGUGUCAGAUAUCGAUAAUGUGGAUCUCAGCAGCAUCAGCUCACAGCCUCUGCUCAGUAUUAACACCUCAGGAGACCAAGACCCAGAUAUGUACUCUGAGUACGACUCCAUCAGCAUCUUUCAGGAGCUGAAGGAGCUGCUGAGGAAGAACGCCACAGUGGAGUCCUUCAUCGAGUGGUUGGACUCUGUAGUGGAGCAGAAAGUCAUCAAGCCCGGUAAGCAGAGCGGCCGGUCGGUGAAGAAGCGGGCUCAGGAUUUCCUCCUCAGGUGGAGUUUCUUUGGAGCCAGAGUGAUGCACAACCUCACACUCAACAACGCCUCCAGUUUUGGGUCCUUCCACCUGAUCAGGAUGCUGCUGGACGAGUACAUCCUGCUGGCUCUGGAGACUCAGUUCAACAACGACAAAGAGCAGGACCUGCAGAACCUGCUGGAUAAAUACAUGAAAAACGCAGAUGCGAGUAAAGCAGCGUUCACAGCCUCGCCCAGCUCCUGCUUCCUAGCCAAUCGUAACAAGGCCAGCGCUGCCAUCGACCAAUCCGUGAAGAAUGAGUCUCCAGGAGAACACGCCUACAUUUCUCUGUCCACCAAUCAGCAGCAGCAGAGUCUGGAAACAAGCACAGGCAUCUAUCAGAGCACAGAGCCUGCAGGGUUCACUCUUUCAGGUGUUCAGAUGGACUUCUCUCAGGUCAGCGGCCCCCUCAUGACGCCCCCCAUCUCCCCGGCAGCGUUAGUGCACCGAGGCUCCGUCAUCAACCAGGGGCCCAUGACAGGGAGACCUCUGACAUCAGCUUCUUCUUCCUCCACCUGCUCCUCCUCUUCUUCCUCCUGCAUGUCCUCUCUAAGUGCCAUGACCCAGCCCAGCCCCUGCUCUUCAUACCCAGAGACCCUGUAUCACUGCUUACCUCAGACCAGCUCCAGUUAUUUCUCUCCUGUCAGCGGCUCCUCGGCCUCAAACUACCAGAACGCUCUCAGGCCUCAGAGUCAGUGUCUCGCUUCAGCUCAGUCUCAGGCCUCGCCUCUGACCUACCAUCUCUCCCGGUACCCCUCCUUCAACGACCAGCACCUGAAUAAAGACGUUUUCUACAGCCACCCCCACAUGUCCAACAGCUCCACCUGCUCCAUCACGCCUUAUAACUCUGCAGUCAGAACCACGUCAGCCUACAACUCAGGCUCGGAUCCAGCUCAGGCUGAACAGGGACUGGACUCUCAGACCGCAGCUCAGAUUCUGGAGUCUGCAGAGGGAUUUGGCUUUGUGGGGGCAGGGCUGAAUCCAGCAGGCGGUGGGUGUCAGGGGCAGACGUACUCUACAGCAGGACAUGGAGGCUACUAUGGUAAUGGCAGUUACCAGGACAGCCAGCGGAUGACAUCACUGGUGGACCAGCACGUGUCCGUCAUCAGCACUGUAGGCAACCUGCGCCAGUUCCCUCCAGCCUACUCUGAAGUUCACGAUCCGCUCAACAUCCUGGAUGAACCCGGGAGAAAAACAACAGGAGCGUAUUUCACAACAGCUGAGACUGGAGCAGAUCAUUCCCUUCCCUCAUCAGGAUCGGCUCCCUGCAUGUUCGGAGUCUCCUCUCCCUUCAACUCCCAGGAUGCAUUGCUCUCCCAGCAGCGUGGGCCGUCGUCUUCAGAGGUGCAGGACCUGGUGUCUUCGCUGCCUCCCAUCAACACGGUCUUCAUGGGAGCAGGAGGAGUACAAUGAUGCCCGGGACUAGAACGGACAGUAUGUGGAUCUGGAUCAAGAACGCUGGAGCGAGAACGUUGACGAGAACAACCGGAUGAUCCUGAAGGUAGAGUAUGAGUGACGGGAGCCAGGAUGCUUCUGCGUAAAGAAUAAAGACUGAACUAUUUAUAUUAAUAUAUGGAUCUUUAAUUUAACUCUCAAUCUGAUGCAGUUAUCGUUUUCGGUUGUUCCUAAAAGUUGGACUCAUUGUAGGACUUCCAUUUCCUCUGUUUGCAUAAUGUUGUAAAUAAACCUUUAUUGGUCUCA